UGGCGGUAAAGAUGGAGCCCGAAGAGAGUAAAGCCUUACCAAGCGAUGAAACGGACCAGCAGUACAGAGUGCAAGUAACGUCGAAGAAACAAGUAAUCGAGCAGAUGAAUAAAUACAAAGACAUUUUGAAGACAGCGCUGGACGGACAGAAGGACGCCGCGGAGGAGACGAAGCGAGUUUUACUGCAGGAGCUGCUGGCGAACUUUGAGGCGGCUGUUCAGGACAACGUGUUGGUGAACGGGCAGCCCUGGGAGGAGGCCCCUGAUGUUGAAGUGGAGGAUGAGGCUGCUGAUCUGGAAAGCCUGCUAGAUGACACCAUUGUUGAGACCACCAGGAGGCGGCGUACGUACCCAAGACAGAUCCUGCCACAUGUGGUCCACUCCCUCAAAGCCCAGCGUAAAGUCAUGAGGCUGUAUGAGCAUGCAGUCAAACCUCAAGAGGUGUCCAAAGAUCCAGAUCAAGAGAGCAUCAUGAGCGACUUGUCAGCAGCAGCUCCUGGAAUGGUCAAACAGGCAAUCCAGGUCAUAAAGUCAAUCAACACUCUGCAGAAACAAGCCGAGGGCCUCUGUGACAUCCUCAACAUGAAACCAAGCCAGGCCACCCUAGAUAUUCACAGAGAAGUGUUUGGUUUCAACAGCCAAUCAGACGCCCCCCGCCCUCCUGUGAAUGGAGCCACGAGGAACAGGCAGCCAAUCAAGAGAGCCGUAGAGGAAGCAGCUGCCGCAAGCAGCUAUGGGCCCCUCAGUAAGAAACCCGUGUGAGAGGGCGAGCCAGAGUGACACUUCCUGCUACCAUUACCACUGAACAGUGGUAAUGGUGUAAUGUCAUGGACUUUUGUUGUUCAGUUAUUAAAGAAUAGAAAACAGCAGUUAAAAUGACUUUUAAAGUUUAUUAAUUUUAAACAUAGUGAAAGAUUUUCUUCAACAUGUACAAUUAAGGUUUCGUGUGUCACAUUUCAACAUGGAUGUGUGAUGUAAUAGGUGAGAUAUUACUAUAGUAAUGAGUUGGUAACUUUGGAAAAAAAAUAACUGUGGCAUAUUUGCUGCUACAGCUUUGAGAGAAGAAAACUGUUUUAGUGACAUGUGGGACAAAAAGAAACAGUGUCACAGCUGAGAUUGCUUCUUCUAAGUGACAAACGAGCCAGAUGAAGCAAACACCAUACUGGUUGUUCCUCCAUUCGCAAAGAUUUUCUUUGGUGUGCUGCAGGCCCCUUAUUACAUUUUAAAUCUCGUAUUUUUUGCGCUUGACCCGCACCCAACUAAAUUAUACCACCGCAGGGGGACAUUGAAUUUUGACAUAGAAUUUUCUUGUCACACCAGCGCAUCACAAUAAGUGAGAAAGUAAAAAAUUGUUAACAUUCACAAACUUUAUCUUGUCUGGUUAAGGAAAAAGUCUUUAAACAGUGUCUUGAUUUUAAAUCAGAGAUUUUGCAGAUCAUUUUGCUUCAUCACCGGAAUUUCUGAAAAAAUAAAAUAAAGUCUUCGGGACUUAACUGAACCAAGUAAAGUUGACUCCUGUUAUGCAGUUCAUAAUGUGUAAAAAUGGAUUUACAAACACUUAGUUUGUACUUUCUCCCAGCCUGAAAUGAACUCAGUCCUUUUUAAACAUUUAAAUCUAUCCUGUCGGUUCAUAUUUGUCAUUUUA